CUGAAGCACCACACACCCACUGAUGACUGAGGACAGAAGCUGAUCGUUCAGGAAACAACGUCAACGUGCCAUUUUACGCACCGGGAGAGCGCGCGGAGAACCGGACAGGAAGAGGAGGAUGACGGUAACGGAGGAGAGGACGAGGAUUUAACUGUGGUGGAAGAUGGAUUGAACGGAGCGGUCUUGAGGCAGACACACCGACCGAUGGGGGACCGACACCGGCGGAGACUCGGGAGCCUCCCGGUAAAGUCCCGGGUCUCCAAGGAGACCAAGCUCCGGCUGCGGGUCGUCUUCCUGGACGACAGCGAGCGCACGUUCGAGGUGGAGCAAAAGGUUUUAGGAGGCGACUUCUUCAACAAAGUGUGUGGCCACCUGAAGCUGCUGGAGAAGGAAUACUUCGGCCUGGAGUUCAGACACCACAGCGGAAACUACGUUUGGUUGGAGCUGCUGAAGCCGCUGGUCAAACAGAUCAAAUACACCAGUGAUCUGUUCUUCAGGUUUAUAGUAAAAUUCUUCCCACCAGACCCCGGACAGCUGAAGCGAGGCCUCACCAGGUAUCUUUUUGCCUUACAGAUAAAGCAGGACUUGUCUAAUGGCAGUCUGACCUGUAACGACAACAGCGCCGCCCUGCUGGUUUCUCACAUCCUGCAGUCAGAGUUAGGGGAUUAUGACGAGGAGCUGGACUGUCACCACCUGGAGAUGAAGCACUACGUCCCCAACCAGGAAUAUCUGGAUCACAAGAUCAUCAAGCUCCACAAGAAACACCGAGGAGUUUCUCCGGCAGACUCGGACAUCCACCUGCUGGAGGUGGCCAGGAAGCUGGACAUGUACGGCAUCCGACCGCAUCCUGCUCACGACGGGGAAGGAAUGAGGAUCAACCUGGCCGUCACACACUCUGGAGUUCUGGUCUUCCAGGGAAACACAAAAAUCAACACGUUCAGCUGGGCCAAGAUCCGCAAACUGAGCUUCAAACGCAAACAUUUCCUCAUCAAGCUGCACGACCAAGUCGGGCCGUCCUGUAAGGACACUCUGGAGUUCGCCAUGGCCAGCCGUGACGUCUGUAAGUCCUUCUGGAAGAUGUGUGUCGAGUAUCACGCCUUCUUCAGGCUCUCUGAGGAACCAAAGGCCAUACCCAAAACCCUGCUGUCCUGUAAAGGCUCCAGCUUCAGAUACAGCGGUCGGACCCAGAAACAGCUGCUGGAGUGUUUGGGAUCAGGGGAGAAGAAGCCGUUGCACUUCGAGAGGACUUACUGUCAGUCCGACUUUGACCCCAGACAUUGUCGAUCCUCCCCUGAUCUCCUCACCGAUGUCUCCAAACAGUUGUACGACCACGCCCACCCGUUCCCCCGGUCGACUCGAGGUCUGGCGGUCCGCAGUCAGGACGUGUUGGAUCCACAUCACCGAGACGACAACGACAUCGAAAUCACCGCCAGAGGGGCUAAACGCAGCCAAUCAUCUGUAGAGGUCAAUCAGAGGUCCCGCCCCCUCUCUCAGGUCACGCCCAUCUCUCCAUCUUUCCACCAAUCAACGCCCUCGCCAAAGACCAGAUCUGCCUCCACGUCUUUAAUGGAGGAUGUACGGGUGGGACGGAUCGGGGCGCAGCGACAAGCCCAAAGGUUAGCCGGUGUCUACGGUAACCGGUCCAGACGUCGGCCCAACCCACAGCCGCAUCCAGACGCCGCCCAACAGCUGGUUCUUCUGUACCCCAACAGCCCCGCCUACCAGUACCACCCUGUCCUGCCAUCCUUCCCGUUCGCCGGUGCCUCUCCGCUCAGCCGACACCCUUACCUGACGGACUACGUUGCCGUUUCCUCACUGGAGCGUUUCCCACAUGCAAGGAGGCGGGAUUAUGUGACGACAGACGGCCUGCCGCGGCCAUCUUUCCACCUGUUUGGCCACAAUUCGCCAUCUCUUUCCCCCAUCAGGAGGAACCUCCGCCCCUCCGGAUCAGGCGGGCUGGGAUUGGCUCGGGUCUACCAGCCGGGUAGCAACGGAGCAAGGCUAUUGGGCGUCGGACACACAGAGGCGGGGCAUUACAGCGACGAUUCCAACUUCCUUCCAGGGCUGCCUCGCCGUGUCGCCAGCCAACCAGACGUCAAGUUCCAGCUCUCCAGGGGUUCAAACCCCGCUUUUAACCCCGCCUCUGAGUUCCGUCCCCUCGGUUACUACCCCCACCUGACCCGCCCCUCCAGACCCACCUACCUCCCACUAAACUCCUCCCCUCUACCUGAACGGCCCACUUCGCUCUGCAUGAUCGGCGGCAGCACGGGAAGCUACAGCGACUCGGACCCGGAGGUUUUCUAUCCGUACUACUGCCCACCCCCCCAGCUGGGGAAGGUGGUACGGUCCGCCGGACUCGGCAGGAUGAGGUUUUCUUCUGGGAGCCUCCAACUGGACGAGGAGGAAGAGGGGGAGGAGGAAGAGGCGGCGAACAGAGCAGCGAAGGAGGCGACAAAACCAGAGUUCAAGAGUGAAGAGGAGAAGAAGGAAAGGAGCGAAGGGGAGGAGACGAAAGGACCAGCGAAGAGAACUGAAGUCACACUGUAGAUAAAGACAAAAACAUGUUAUACAAGAAACUUUACGAGGGUUCAUGGUGUGAUCACAGUCAGAACUUACAGGAUGGUUUAAAACCAUCCACUGCAGGCUGUAGUCAAGGCAGCAGAUGUGAUAAAUGUGUUGUUCAGACAUGUACUGGCAGAUGAAAUGUAUUUUUUUUGCCUUGUUUUAACAAAAACCUCAAAUUCUGAUAAAUGGCUGCUGUUAGUCACCACAUUACAGGUGCAAGCUUUCAAACUUCUGGAAAUUAAUACUUAUAAGUUCAUGUGUUAGCCUUCAAGCUGAGCGUAAAAGUUAAAAUAAACCAAAUCUUGAGCUGUUGAUACACCAAAAACUUAUUUUUUACACUAAGGGAGCUUGGAUCGAAGGCCGUUUGGUUGGUGUUAGAUUCCAAGUCUCAGAAGGAGAUUCAGGGGUAAAGAGAGGUAAGUGCACCCACUGGAUGGUUUCUAUGAUGGACUCGACUCCAGCCAUUGGCCGCGAUUAUAUUGUUCUGCAGUCACACACUUCGGGUACUUGGUUGUUGUUAAUUCUACUUGUCUAGUCCGUGGUGGUCAGCUUAGAAGAUAUCCUGAUGUACAGCGGGUCCUCAACGUACGUCGGAGCUCCAUUUGUCGAUUCAACACGAUUGUCGCCGUAAAUCAGCUCUCUGGCAAAAAUGUAACCAAAGCCGUUCCGUGCAUCACGAUAUCGAUCAGUUCUUAGUCUAACCAGUUAGCUGACUGCUCCUGAGUGUUGGAAUCUUACAUUUACCAAGUCUGCUGGUCAGGAUCAAAACCAUUACCUGAGGUAGGAAUGCCUCACUGGUUGUACAGAACUGUCAGGGUUUUGUAGCUUUCGAUAUCCAGUUGAUCAGUUACGACAGUAAACUACUCUCCAAAGUACUUGCUCUGAUCACAACACAAGGAAACAAACACAAAAACCUGAGCAAUCGGACCUAUGAGAAACUAGAAGACAAAAAUUAGCCAAAUAUGAGAGUUUCCAGACAGAAUCCAAGCUAACGAGCUAGCUCGCUCAUUGGAAUAUCAGCAACAUGUCAGACAUGUUCAUCUCAAGUUUUACCGACAAAUAAAAUGACAUUUAACCUGCUUAGAUCGUCUACUUGGUAACAAACGCUCUGAUCUUCUGUUUGCUUUUGUUUAUCACCACAUUCUAAAUCAUCUCACCACACCAACGUUGAAGCUAUAAAAAUAAAACCCAAGCUGUGAUAAAUGUGUUCAUUUUUAAGCCCUGUUUGUCCAAUUAGUGAAAAUGAUGGAAUGAGCUUCACCACUGUUGAAAACAGCAUUUUUAAGGCUCAAAUAUUAAGUCUUCAUGUGUGGGUGUGAGGCCUUCGUAGAGUCGGAGAACUUAUCGGAUGUCUUUCUAAGUGGUGUAGUGAAAUAAUGUAUUGUUAACUUUAUAUAAAUAAUGAAUUCUGUAGGGAAAGAAAUGUGAAUACAGUUGAAUUUGUCAAUAAAGAAGUACAAAUAACAAGAUAACCGUGUUCAAAUUAAUAAAGU